UUUUGCGACACUUGCUAACCACAGCAACAUUUGUUAUUCUUAUUCUGUGGCUCCAAAUAGUUCUUUUGAUGGAAAUUGGACUUUAAUCCACCCAAUGAAAUAAUUAUUCAUUUCACAAAAUAAAUAGGAUUGGACUUAUAAAUGCAAGGGUGCGUACCCGUGGUGCGCAUAUUGAAACGCUUUAUAUCCUCAGUCAACGCUUGAAGGAAUGUAGAUUGCAUCAUCGGUGAUGAUACGAAUAAAGGAAUUUGCUAAACAAUUGCGUAUAAAACCGCUUGUUCGACGCAAGUUCGACACUCCUAUCGCAUUCUAAUAUACUUCAGUCGAUCUAUCGAACUACCCGCUGACAAUUGAAAUACUCAAGUUUAGAAAUCUGGCACCAUCGAACAAUAAUGGCGUAUUCUGUGAAUAUAUCAGUCGAAGCACCAAUAGAAAAUCAAAUCCAAGAAAUUACCUACGAUGGACAAGAGAUAUAUCAAGCGCCACUCACUCUGUCCGAAAACUUGGCAAAGAUUGCGCAAAAAAUUGACUUCAGUAAAUCUAAUGGCGAUGAAGUAAAAAAGGAACCACCUGAGGGUGGAGAAAAAAGUGAAGAUGAUUCUAAGGAUCCAGCAGCAUUUCAGUCGUCCCUGUGGCCCUGGGAUAGUGUCAGAAAUAAAUUAAGAAACGCCCUCACAGAAGUUUGCGUUCUAGCUGACGUUCUUUCAAUAGUGAAGGAAAAAAAGUACAUGGUUUUAGAUCCUGUACCCCAAGAAGUACCUGAUGUUAAACCUAUGGUGCAAGUCUAUGCUAGAAAAAAAGCUCUGUCAGGUGCUGGACAGGUGCUUCUUUUUGGUGCUGAGAGGUUGAGAAAUUGCCAAAAUGAAUUGGCCAGAAGUCGAGCAACUCCUGACUUUCAUAUCGAACUUUUAAGACUCAGGCAGAACUGGCGGCUCAAAAAAGUUUCCAAUUCUAUUAUUGGCGAUCUUAGCUACCGCACAGCUGGAUCCAAGUAUACACAGACUGGCAUGUUUGAAGUGACAAAAGCUGAGGAGGAGGAGAAGGUUUGGAGCAGUCCACCUGCAUCACCGAAUCCCAAUUCUAGCAGCUCAUCAAAUUCCACACCCUCGCAAUCACAUACUUCCUCAAAUUCCAAGGUUAAUCCUUCAGCGCUUAGGGUUACCAUACCGAGUGAACUGCAAGGGGUUGCGUACAUUGAAGUUCUUUGUCAAAAGGACCAGGAGGAUUUAUGCAGUGCCAAUAUCAGCCUCUUAAACGGUGGCACGAAUAGCUCUAACGCAGAUAUGCACUGGCAACAGAAACUGGAAGCUGCUCAAAACGUUUUAUUCUGUAAAGAAUUGUUUAGCCAACUAGCAAGGGAAGCUGUACAUCUACGAGCUCCUAUCCCUCACAUGGUUGUUGGCAAUCAGAUCAUGGCAACGGUUCUCCCAGGCAUACAACUCAUCAUUGGCUUGUGCCACAGUACAGGCAAUGAUAAGAAACCUUCGGCACCACCGCCACAAAAAACAGAGCAUGACCAUGUACUGGAACAUUCGUUGCAUCAAUUGCUGCGUGAAGUUCACCACAAAAAUACACAUCAUUCAUUUCCUCAUCCAUCUUCAGGUCCUAUAGGUCCAAGUAAAAGACGCUGUUUGGCAGGUCCAAAUGCUGCAGACAGAUAUGAACUACUGGAGAUGACAAAGAGCCAAACAUUGUUGGAGCAGAUAAUUCAGCAAGCUCAACAUUUCUUUAUGCGGCUAAGGACAGAGUACGUCUUGGAUACGAUAGCAAAAGAAGUUAAAGACCCAUUAAUAGUUUCGCACUGGAAUGCUCUCAAUUCUCCGACCCAGUCUUGUGUCAAAAUUAAUAUUUUGACGCACGGUUACGACACCGUUUGUCGGACGUCGCUAGUUGUACACGUGGGUGAGAAGUCUCUGAAAUGCGUAUGCAGGGAUGGACGAGUGAUGCACAUGAGUUACGAACCUCAGGAAUUACGAGAUCUCAUUUUUUGUCAAAUCUACCAACAUCAGAUAACAGCUGUCCAAGCAUUGGCCAAGUGUAUGGGCUGGCAGUUCUUAGCUAAUAGUUCUCAUUUGGGACUCGGGGCUGUUGAGCCGCUUGGUAACGCCAGUAGCUGUAUACUAGCAUCGCCUAUAGGAGAUAGAAUGAUUGCAGUCAGAUGCGAGCCACAGACUGGGGUUCAAGUUGGAAUAGCACAUUCACCAAGAAAAGAUUUCUUUCCCGGACAAUUAGUGAGAGAGCGAAAAUGGGAGAACUUGGGUGGUUCGUUCAAAGAAGUUAGGUGGGACAAGAUGGAGGGUAAAAAUUUUUUGAAUAAAAUGGAGCUGUUGAUGGCAUCGCUGACAAGUUCUUAACUCUCGAGGAUUAUACGAGUGUUACAUUAAAUUAAACUUAGGCAUAGACAGUAAACUCUAUUCAACGUAGUUAAAUAUUAUGUGAUUGUGAUGGUGAGGAGUGAGCAUUGCAUAUUAGUUAAUCAAUAAAUUUAUAUACAUCUUUUUCUCUAA